CCAAUAGAGGCUACGGCAAUUUGAUAUUUUCCAAGAAAGUAUCUUCUCCUUAUAAUUAAUUUCCACAUAAUAAUCUGUUUCUCUCUUCCUCACCAAGUCACAGGCAUACCCCUAAUAUAUAAACACAGCCCCCUCUGUCCAGUGAAGCCCAUUUCAAUUCUUCAAGACUUCUUUGCUAGCAAUUCCUGUGAUUUGUAAAGUAUGGGCAAUUUGUUGUGCUGUGUACAAGUUGAUCAAUCCACUGUUGCAAUUAAGGAGCAGUUUGGCAAGUAUCAAGAUGUGCUUGAGCCAGGUUGCCACUGUCUGCCUUGGUUCCUCGGAUUCCAGCUAGCUGGCUUUCUCUCCCUCAGGUUGCAACAACUGGAUGUUCGCUGCGAGACAAAGACAAAGGAUAAUGUGUUUGUCAAUGUUGUGGCAUCAAUUCAGUAUCGUGCCCUGGCAGACAAAGCAAAUGAUGCUUUCUACAAACUAAGCAACACUAAGGGUCAAAUUCAGGCUUAUGUUUUUGAUGUUAUAAGAGCAAGUGUUCCAAAACUCAAUCUUGAUGAUGUUUUCGAGCAGAAAAAUGAAAUUGCCAGGGCUGUUGAGGAUGAACUUGAGAAGGCUAUGUCGGCUUAUGGAUAUGAAAUUGUUCAGACACUUAUAGUUGACAUAGAACCAGAUGAGCAUGUGAAGAGGGCUAUGAAUGAAAUCAAUGCUGCUGCGCGGAUGAGGGUGGCUGCUAAUGAGAAGGCAGAGGCAGAAAAGAUCUUACAAAUUAAAAGGGCUGAAGGAGAGGCGGAGUCGAAGUAUCUCUCAGGGUUAGGUAUUGCACGACAGCGCCAAGCAAUUGUGGAUGGUUUGAGAGACAGCGUGCUCGGAUUCUCAGUGAAUGUGCCUGGAACCUCAGCAAAGGAUGUUAUGGACAUGGUCCUCUUAACCCAGUACUUUGACACCAUGAAAGAAAUUGGCGCUUCCAGUAAAUCAUCUGCCGUCUUCCUUCCUCACGGGCCUGGUGCUGUAAGAGAUGUGGCAAGCCAGAUUCGCGAUGGACUCCUUCAAGCUUCUGUUGAUCGUUAAAUGGUCCAUCUCUCAGAAAUGUCAAAUGAGUUGCACUUGAAGCAGCCUUUUUCCUUUUGUCUUUACUUUCUGAAGUGUGGAUAUAUGUGGUGAGUUUGACUUUGUUCUUGUGAAUGCCAUUGGUACCUAUGUUCAAAUGUUAUAUUGUAAAAAUUUUAAGAUCUCCAGACCUUUGAAGCAUUGUGAAGUACUGUUAAUACAUUGAUAUGAUAUUGCUCCUUGAUGACGAUUCAAGCUGAA